CGGGGCGUGUCGCCACACCUGAGCUCUACCUGCCGCACAGAAAAUGAAGCGGUGGGAGCAGCUGUCAUCUGUCAAGUGCCAUCAGUGAAGUAUUCUCUGUUUACGCUCCACGAGUGUUAUCAUCGGACUUUAAUCAUACAAUUACCUUUGGGAAAGUUGCUUUGACUCCUUCAAAGACCAGCCGGACCUUCUCUGCCAUCGGUGACACAUCAGCCUGUGGAGAUGGCGAAGAAGAGUUCAUCCAGAAAAUCUCUGAAAAGUUUGUUCUCCAGGAGUGAAGCCAGCCUGGACAAAUCGGUGGAGAAGGAUGCGAGCAAAAACGGGGGAGAGAAGAAGAGGUUCAAGUUUUUAAAGUUGAAGACGAAGUCGAAGGGCGGCUCUGCCUCCGAGAAGUCAGCAAAUGAGGACCAGCAGGUGUCCAGUGCUGCAGAGCCUAAUAACACUGCAGAGGAUGGAGACGCCUGUGCUGGAAACGUCUCGGACAAGAAGAGGUCUUUUCUCUAUGCCACUGCACCCAGGUCAAAGGGCAAAGAAUUCAGCUACUCAGAGUUGGAUCUCCGUAAGCCCAAAAGGUUUGCUACCUUUUCCCUUGGUCUUAGAAAGAAAAAGAGGAAGGAUGACCAGGAUAUCUCUAAGAGUACUUUUGGCCUUCAUAGCCCGGGCAUUGAAGAGCAAGAAGAGAAUCCUCUGGACCUCAGUCAGAUGGAGCUGGAUCAGGGCAACACAAAGACAAUGUUCAGCAUGUCUCAACCGGAGCUUGAAACCAGCAAUUCAUUUGACAUCCCCUCUCCUCCCCCUGUGGCGACAAACCAGUUAGAAUCCAAUUUCCCUCUGCUCAAACAAUGGCAGUCAUCUGUCACUAUAAACACACAACCAGAGUCCCAGAACCCUCUGACAAACAGCUCCGACCUUCUUGAUGUGCAUCAGGAAACACAAAGAGCACCUAUUGCUACCAUCCCCGAGCUGAAGCUGGAUGAUCCAGGUUCACCAGAGGAGAAAGAGAACAUUCCUGUUCAUGAUAACUCAUCCAAAAGUGAUUCUGAUUCAUCCGCACCCAUAAAUCAUACAGACACCACCUCUGCUGUUAAUACUCAGACUACACCUAGCAUUCCAGCGAGCCGGCCUGCGGUGAUGCUCGACACCUCAGAUCACAAAGUAGCAGUUGUCGACUCAGUCUGUGCAAGUAAAAGCCUGGGUGAUAAUGAUGUUCCCCAGCAGUCUAACACAAAAACAGAGAUCUCUAUUACUGAAUCCACCAGUGUUACAUUAUCACACCAUCAACCUGAAGCAUCCGACACAGCUGACAGUCCAACUCCAAGUGGUGAAGCCUCCCUGGCGAAUGUUGACUCCACUAUUACAGAGUCAGUCCCUGCUCCUCGCGCAGAUAACUCUGCUCUCAUUGCAGACUCUGCUACUGUCCAUCAUGAAGUCUCAGUUUCUUGCACUGAGAGGUCUAUCCCUGAAAUUGCCAGGAGUGCCACCACAACCUUGGCUGUUAGUGGUGAAAGGCACUUUCCUCCUGUCAAUCAAGAGGCAAUUUAUGAAGCUUUGUAUGACUCACUAAUCCCCAAGAGUUUUGGCUCUGAGAUAAUGUCUUCCCUCUCAACCCCUUCCUCUCAAGUUCAUACUGAGAUAAUAAGACAUGCUAAUGUCAAAUCAGAACCUGUCAUGGUUAAAACCCUUAAUGAGUGUCACACAGAAACUAGUGUUAUAUACUCCCGUCUGUCAACUUCACAUGACUCUGCUGCUCGCGGAAUAGAUGAUGCUGCAGGCAGUUCUACUAACAUAAACUUCAGUGAAAGAAAGGUAAUUUCUUCGAGUGAGGGCUCCGGCAUGGUUAACGUUUCUACAAGAGACCCAGACAGAACUUCCUCUGUCAAUUCAUAUUCUGAACUGGUUGGUCAAGACACUGAUAAGAUUCCUUAUUCGGAGCCGAUGCGCUCCCAUUCAGGGAUGAAAUCAGACAGCCCUAGCCUUGUUGAAGACACUGUCGGGUCUGUGGCUCAAAACCCUGCCCCUCCCGUUUCUCACUGUGUAACAUCCCAGGGGACAGAUACUCAGGUUACAGGCUCCAAACAGAGAGGGAUCCUAGUUAAAGAGUUAGUCACCGACGGGACGAGCGCUGAUUCCGGCUGUCCCUCUCCUGUACCUGAUAAAAUGACUGCAGUGAAGGAUCUUGAGAUGAAAAUCGAAACGACAGAAAAGGAGAAUUUUUCUGCUCCUUCAGGACAGGUGGGGGAGUGUGAAGUGCCAAUUAGCCCUGCAUAUCUGAGCGUAGGAUCAGAUGAUGGCAGUGCCAUGGAGGUCUUUUACAGCGCUGAAGAGGAUAAUGCGGAGGAGAGUGGGGGUGAAGAGAUGUACACGGUGGACAAAGGAGAAGAAAUGUGUGUGGUUGACGGACUGAAAGACAUGGAGGAGCUUCCACAGCAGGAGGAGAUUACAGAAAGAGGAAUAAACAACAGAGAUGAGGGAGAUUUCAGGCUGUUAAUUGUUGAAAUGGAGCACGAGGGAGGUAAAAUGGGCAAUGAAGAAAAAGAAGAACACCUUGACAGCCAAAAUGAAACAGAGCAACUACUAAGAGGUCAGAGGGCAGAAGCUAAAGUGCCGGAAACUGAAAUGUCUGAGUUUCUCGAAGGCAGUGAUGGAAGAAGUCAGGAGACUGAAGUAGCAGACAAAGUAUUGCCACAGAUGAGAGAGGAGGGGGAGAAGGAGAGAAAGGAGGAGUUACUGGCCACACCGGUUCAGCAGGUGAACACACUGAUGGUAUGCGAGUUUGCUCCACCCUCCAGUAAGCCAGAUGGGCAGGGGGAGGGGUCAGAGGGAAACUGGACCGCGGACAUGGAAACACAAGACCACCCUAAUGAGGAGAAGCAACUCCCAAACCAGGACAUACAAUAUCUGGACAACAAAGACAGCAGGAGUUCUGAACUUGUACAUGCUCCAUCCAGCAACACAAGAGAGGAAAGCAUGAUCACACCCAAAGUUAGAGAUGCAGAAGAGCAAGUUUCACUGACUGCAGAGGCAGGCAGGGGAGGAGAGGAGAGCAAAGAAGGCGCAGACAUCACAAAAAGUGCAGUCACAGAUACUUCUGUUGUAACAGAGGUUGUCACGGGCACUUUGACACACUGCAUCGAGCAGCAAUCAGAUGCCACAGAGUUUGAACACAAUAGGGCUGUACAGAGUAAUGAGUGGGUGGAUACAAUUACUCAGGGGACAAACAUAAACAGGACGGUGCUAGAACAAGUGGCAGUCUCAAACACAGACACACACGGUCCUGGUACCAAAGCUGCCGAGGCUCUCUCAGAGAGGCAGGAGCAUCUGCCAGAAGCCCAAGCUGAUCUGAAUCAGGGGUCCCUGACAGCAGCUUCAGAAGUCUUUGCUUCAGAAAGUCAGCAGACAGAAGUUGACCAGGAAUCAGCUGAUAAAAUGUAUUCAGGCUUCAGCAGGCUGAGCACCUCCCUCUUCAUGAGGAACUCAUCUCCCCUUAAAGAGGAUGAUUCCAAAAAUCGUUUCCAUAAGGUAUCUCUGGUCAAUGAGGUCGAUACCACUGAGGUCAACCAGGAUAUUGUGGACUUUAGCAGAACAAGCACCACUGUGACUGAGUCAAAUGAGUCAGAUCUUGGCUCAGAGUAUAGAUGGAGAAAUAAAUUUGAGGGGGUUUCUCAAUAUAAACCAUACAGACCAGAAGAGUCUUCUUUUUCUGACUCUCUGAGUUACAAAAUUCCUGACACCAACAUCAGUGCCUCCUCCUUUUCCUCCUCCUCUGAUGUCCUCGAGGCUAUAGCAUACAAACCCCACAGCAGUGUCUCUUCCACCUCCUCUUCCCCCUCUCCAGAGGAACAUAUAAUCCUUGGCAACAGGCUGAGUGACAGGACUGUUUAUCUGAGCCGUGAGAGUGAGCCAGUGGGAGAACCAAAAGAUGAGUGUAGGAGGAGCUUUGUGGAGCAGGAGGAGCCUGCUGCACCUGCAGGUGAAAGAGAGGGACAGAGAGAGGGAGAGGCAGAGUCAGAGAGGAUAAAGUCACGUUGGGACUCACACCAGCUCCCUGUGUCUGGCUUCCCCUCGGUGCAUCAAACCAGCCGUGACACCACCGAGGACGACGAAUCAUCCCAUUUUACUGGAGUGUUCAAGGCCAUGCGCGUGGAGCUGGUCUCUGACCCUGCAGCUCCUCUUUCCACUCCCCCUGCCUCCCCUAACAUAGACUCCCCCCAUCAGUUGGACAUGGAGAGCCUGGUGGAUACCCUGAAGAACAUGGGACCUUCCCAGAGGCCAAGGGGCAUGGGCCUGCGUGGGCCUCCCCAAGUCCUCCACUCCUCCCUGCCACCCAUCGAUGAGGAUGUUCCAAGUUCCUCUAACAUCCAUACAUCCCCCACCAGUCUCACAAAUGAGAUGGGAGCAACAGGCAUCCCCAACAAGUCCCUCAACGGACUUUACACUCUGCCUGCUGACCUGGGGCUGAAGAGGAGCACUAGCAGAGACACACGGUCACCACUGGAACUGAUGAAGCAGAACCAGGAGCAGCAGCCUGGAGCAAGAGGCCUGACUUUGCCCCUCAGAGCAUCUGCUACCAACAGUGUUGUAAUGAGAAAAUCCUCAGACUCUUCUCCUGAGGACUUAAAAUCCCCAAUGCUUAAUGGAAACGGAAUACUUCAGUCGCCCGGUCCAAGCUCCCGUCUGGACAACAGUUCCAUCUUUGGAAGCUACAGGUCACCAUCCAAAGAUCAGACGCUGGAAAAUGGAAUGGCCCCUCGCUCACUCUUCCGUACGGGCUCACUACCAGAAACGGGGCUUUCAAACGAUCGUAUGAGCAUGGGACGGAAGGAGCUCAGUGAACUCGGCACUGGGUCGGACUCAGCAGGGUCCCGCUUUGAGCGCUUCUCCUUCCUUUUGAACUCCUCGUCCUCCGCGUCAGGCUCCUCGAACGGGGCCGAGGACCCCAGUGCUCGUAUGAGUUGGCCUCCAUCACUAAGCAUCAGCUCGCCACCCUCCAGCAAGAGUUCCACCAGCUCCAUAGACUUCCAUAGACCAUUCACCACCACAGACUCCUCCUCCUUAUCCAUGUUUGGCCAGACACAGGGGAUGGGGAUUCUGCAGAGAAGCCUCAGUAAUGAUGGCACUGUGGGCGUCCAGCAGACUUCACUGUUCAGCAGCUUGCAUGGAGGGUCUCAGCUCCAGAGCAAAGAACCUGAGCCUGAGAGGAAUUUAGCGUCUAAAUACAGAGCCUUCCCUGACGCCUAUCUCACCAAAGAGAAGGAACAUGGGAAGCUCAAUCCUCGUCCUGGAAAGAUGUAUAUUUUUGACCGGCCGGGGAUGUGCGGCAAGAGGAUUGAGGUGCGCAGUGAUGUUGUCGAUGCCACGCCGUGGGAGCUGCAGGAAACCAUCUCCAUCAGGGUGAUCAGAGGAGGAUGGGUGCUGUAUGAGAAGCCCAACUUCAAAGGGGAAAAGGUCGCCCUAGACGAGGGAGACAUAGAGCUCACCUGCCCCUUCAGGUCUCCAGAGGAGCAGCAGCAGAAUGAACAGAAGAAGGAUGAGCAGAAUGGAGAAACAAGCGAUGGUCAGACAAAGACCAAGCCACCCAAGAGGUUCAUCAUCGGAUCUCUUCGAAGAGCCGUCAGGGACUACAGCGUCCCAGAUAUCAGUCUUUUCCCAGAGGAGAAUGCAGAGGGCAAGAAGGUCAUCUUCAGAGAUACAUCCGAAGAUGCCAGGAUCUUUGGCUUCCCCAUCAAGGCUAACUCCAUCAUCAUCAAUGCUGGAUUAUGGCUUGUAUUCGCACAGCCCUUCUUCCAGGGUGUACCACGUGUCCUUGAGGUGGGGGGGUACACCAACCCUGCAGCCUGGGGAGUGGAACAGCCCUAUGUGGGAUCAUUGCAUCCCCUUAAAAUAGGUGAACCAAGAGUGGAAAAUAUGAGCGAACCCAAGAUUGUGAUCUACGACAAGCCGUACUUCACUGGGAAAUCGAGGACCAUCACCACUAACAUGAAAGACUUCAUGACACGAACAGACAGGCAGCAGACCGCUUUUAUGUACAAUGUCAGCUCCCUUAAAGUACUCGGAGGAAUCUGGGUGGGCUACGAGAAGGAGGGCUUCAGAGGCCACCAGUACCUGCUGGAGGAGGGAGAGUACCAUGACUGGAGGGUAUGGGGAGGCUGUGAUGCUGAGCUGCGUUCUGUUAGGGUGAUACGUGCGGACCUGACAGACCCCUUGAUGGUGAUGUUUGAGCAGCUGGAGGAAGAGGACGAGGGCGCGCAGGAGGAGAACACCUUUGAGGUGACAGAGGCCAUACCUGAUGUUGAGGUGUUUGGAUACAAAACCUCCACCCGCUCCAUCCACGUACUCAGUGGGGCAUGGAUUGCCUACUCCCAUGUGGACUUCUCUGGUAACCAGUAUAUCUUAGAGAAAGGUUUCUAUAAUAACUCUGCUGACUGGGGCUCUCAGGAUACUCGCAUCUGCUCAGUGCAGCCAAUUCUUCUGGCUGCAAGUGACAGUUCAAAGGCCAGGAAUGAGAUAAUAUUGUACUCUGAGCCAGACUUCCAAGGCGAGUGUCACAUCUUUGACUGCAACCAGGAAGCAGUGUCGGAUAAAUUUCCGAGCAAGUCCUGCCGAGUGGUAGGAGGAAGCUGGGUGCUCUAUGAGGACAAACAAUACUCUGGGAACUUGUAUGUCUUAUCAGAAGGAGACUACCCCAACUUAACCAGCAUGGGCUGCCCCCCUGGUUGCACCAUCCGUUCUGUCAAAGUCGUGCCAAUAAUGUUCUCGGUUCCCUCCAUCUCUCUGUUUGGUUUGGAGUGUCUGGAGGGCAGGGAGAUCACCACAGACGUAGAGAUCUACAGCAUGGUGGAAGAGGGCUUCAACAACCACAUCCUCUCUGUCAGAGUCAACAGCGGCUGUUGGGUUGUGUGUGAACACAGCAACUACAGGGGGCGCCAAUUCCUGCUGGAACCAAUUGAAAUCACCAACUGGCCAAAGUUUAGCUCCCUAGAAACUAUUGGCUCCAUUUAUCCAGUCAGACAGAAGCGCCACUUUUUCCGCAUCAAGAACAAGGAGAGAGGCCACUUCAUGUCCAUCCAGGGCGGCGUGGAGGAGAUGAAAUCAGGACGAGUGGUGGUGACACCAGAGGUGGAGCCCAUGAGUGACAUCUGGUUCUACCAGGACGGAUUAAUCAAGAACAAGAUGUCACCAACCAUGAACCUUCAGGUGAUGGGCAACAUAGAGCCGGGAGCCAAGUUGGUUUUAUGGACAGAGACCCGCCAGCCUAUCCAGACCUGGACAGCCCAGAUCAGUGGCCUGAUUGUCAGCCUUACCUUCCCUGGCAUGGUCCUGGAUAUCAAAGGUGGUAAAACUUAUGACAAAGACCAUGUGGUGAUUAUGCCGGAGAGUGAUGAGAGGCCAAGCCAACAGUGGGAGAUAGAGCUGCUGUAACCUGCUGUCAUGUUCCUGUUUUCUCAGCUUUCUUAAACAGUGCAUCAGCAGUGCUACCUUUUACAAUCCCCUGAAUAUAUUACCUGAAUAUUCUGGCAACCAAUACUGCCACUGCCUUAUCAUGUAAUUCAUGUGAAUGCCCAUAAUUCCUUUUCUGAACAUAUAGAUAUGAACAUUGCAACAUUAAGAAUGCAAAUACAAGCCCUGGGCAGCUGCUAGUUUCACCAAGCCAAUCAGUACACACCCAACUGGACUUGGAUUAUCUUCAAGGUUUGUUCAGCAGAGUGUUUGAGAGCGGAGUCAUGAAAAUAACUCUGCUUUCUCCGAGUCAGAUGAUGGUUUUCUGUGUGCAAGGACUACAGAAUGGCUAACUGACAGUGCCUUGACCUGUUGCAGUGACUGGAUUCAUCCAAUGAGUUAAAAAAAGAUUUUUUAUACAUAUAUAUAUAUAUAUAUUUGAUUUUUUUUGAGUUUUGAAGAUUUACUGAUCUACUGUAUACAAAGUCAUUCACAUUUGUAUGGUUUGACCUUGACCUUUUAACUAAUGUUACCCUACCAUACCAAUUUGAGUAUUCAAACUAGAAUCUCCCUGUUUGUAUGACUCCAUGCUCAUACAAAUUCUCUGGCUGUAGAAGCCCUUGUAGUUGCAAGUUUAUACCUUUGUUUACAAUGGAGCAAACUGAGUUGUAAUUGCUUCUGGAUGACUUCCCUCAUUUUCCUGGAGUGAACACCAAGUGGCUUAAGACAGUUAGUGGAUGAGUGAAGCCAAAAGAAUGCACAGUAUGCAAAAAAAAUGUAUAUUAUGCCUUUUAAACUAUUUUUAUAUAUACUGUGUGUGUUAAUGUUUGUUUUGUGGGAUAUGUUGCAGUUAUAGUAUGUAUGCAGUAUACUGUAUGUCGUUGCAUUGUGCAGUGCAAUGAACUGGGAUGUGUAUGUCCAGUUUCUGUCUGUCUGUCUGUUUCUUGUUUUGUUUUUUUUCAUUGUUAAAAGUCAAUUAGUUACGUGAAGAUAUAUGUUACUUACUUCAGCUGUAUGGUAUUAUUUGAUACUAAAGAUAUAAUGUCAAAUGUUAUGUAAGA